AUGACCUUGGGUUCUGCAUCCAUCGACACAACUCUGGAUGUGAUUUACCACCUCAAAGGCGUGAUCUGGAGGGGCGAUUCGGUCAUUUCCGGCAUCCCUGAGACCCUGGACCAUCUCCGCAGCUUGGGCAAGCAACUCUACUUUGUGACCAACAACAGCACCAAGUCGAGGGCAGGCUACCUCUCGAAGUUCACCUCCUUGGGCCUCAACAUCUCAGCUGAUGAGAUUUACUCCUCCAGCUACGCUGCCGCAUCCUACCUGGAGUCCAUCAACUUCCCCAAGGACAAAAAAAUCUAUGUUAUCGGGCAGGAGGGCAUCCUGGAGGAGCUGGAACUCAAGGGCUUCAAAUAUCUCGGUGGCCCGGCUGACGCAGACCACAGGGUUGAGCUGAAGCCUGGCUUCCGGCUGGAUCAGGACCCUGAUGUGGGCGCGGUGGUGGUCGGCUUUGACCGCUUCGUCAACUACUAUAAGAUCCAGAUUGCGACGCUGUGCCUGCGAGAAAACCCAGGGUGCCUGUUCAUAGCCACCAACCUUGACGCGGUAACUCACCUCACCGACGCCCAGGAGUGGGCAGGGGCUGGGAGCAUGGUGGGCGCCCUCAGAGGCUCGACCAAGCGCGAGCCGACCGUGGUGGGCAAGCCCGCCGACUUCAUGCUGUCGGACAUUGCCACGCAUGCCGGCAUUGAUCGGUCUGAGAUCUGCAUGGUUGGGGACCGCCUUGACACCGACAUAGCCUUUGGAAAGGACGGCGGGCUGUCCACCAUUCUUGUCCUGUCAGGCGUGACGAGCGAGGAGGAGCUGCUCAGUCCCGAUAACAAGAUACGCCCGGAUGCCUACCUCGAUUCCCUGGCUGACGUGCUGCGCCUCAGCACUGCAUAG